ACAGCUCCUGUGAGCUGCACAGACAUUAGAGUGGGUUAGACUCCAGUGAAGAGCUGCUGAGAGAGCUGUGUACUCAGUGUGGUAUACAGGGCUAGUGUAGUGCUGGGUGUGGAGCUGUCAGUGUGCUGUGAACUCAGUGUUGUUUUACUAGUGAGGAUGUUGCUGACUUUUUAUCUUCUCUUCAUUGGGCUUCAUGUCUCUGAAGCCUGCACUCUGGUUAACAGUCGGAAUACUAGAGAAGAACUGAGAAUCACAGCACAUGCAGGAGGGUCAGUACUGCUGCCCUGCUACUGCACUGACCUACACACCAAACCCGGGACAUUCACCUGGAAGAAACUAAACCCAAACACGAGAACACUGGAAGAGAUAUCCUUUGAGAGUGGUCAGUACAGAAACAGAGUUCAGCUGGUUAAUGGUCACUCUCCAGGAAAUCUCUCUCUACUCAUAUCACACCUGACUGAAGAGGAUACAGCACUGUACAGGUGUGACCUCACAGAAAGUGAUUACACAUAUGUCAGACUCACUGUUAAAGGCUGCACUCUGAUCAACAAUAAAAAAACACUGACUGUCACAGCUCAUACAGGAGGGUCAGUACUGCUGCCCUGUUACUGCACUGACCAACACACCAAACCUGAGACAUUCACCUGGGAGAAACGUAACAGAUUCAAAAACAGAUGGGAAGAGCUAUACAGUGAGAGUGGUCAGUACAGAAACAGAGUUCAGCUGGUUAACGGUCACUCUCCAGGAAAUCUCUCUCUACUCAUAUCACACCUGACUGAAGAGGAUGGAGGAGAGUACAGGUGUUAUGUUACAGAGAGUGAACACACAUACGUCAGACUGACUUUUAAAGUCCCUCCACAGUCUCUGCCCUUCAUCCCCUUUGCCUUGGUCACUGUGAUCUUCCUCCACAUUAUAGUAGCUGUGGUUUAUCACACCAAGAGAAACAAAGAUGAUACAACAGUUGUGGGCCUUAUCAGCAAUAACAACGACUCAGCCUACAGAGAGGAAGUGAACCAAAUUGUCAUCUGGUGUGACAAUAACAACCUGAAUCUCAACAAGACAAAUGAAAUGACUGUCGACUUCAGGAGGAAGCACAUGGUACAUACCUCACUUACAAUCCAUCGUAACGCUGUGGAGUCAGUGAGAAGCACUAUGUUUUUGGAACUGCACAUCAUGGACGACCUGACAUGGUGGAUGAUGGAUGAGAAGAGCAAACCUCCCCCCUUCUAUCCUCACAUGUUUCUACAGAGGCACCAUAGUUCUCAUCCUGACCAGCAGCCUCCCAGUGUGGUAUGGCAGCUGCAUCGCUGCAGACCAGGAGUCCCUCCAGAGAGUGGUGAGGAUGGCAGAGAGAAUCAUCAGAACCCCACUUCCAUCCACACAAGAUCCCUACCAGUCAUGCUGCCUCAGCAGAGCCACCAAGAUAGUCAGAGACCCCACCCACCCUGCCCAUGGACUGUUCAGCCUUCUGCCCUCUGGCAAACACUACCACAGCAUGUGGUGCAAGACCGCCAGAUUCAGCAGGAGCUUCUUCCCACAGGCCAUUAA